AUACGAACCAUUACGAAGAAACUACUCGUCUUGCCCACGAGAUCAUAGUGAUUUUAAUAUUGUAUCAUCAUACAGCGCGUAUGAUGUGCUCAUAAUUCGUAUUCCUGAGGGCGGGGUUUUGGUCUCCAUUGUUGUCUUGGCUUGUACUAAUCAACCAUCCAGACAUACCUACUCAUUUGAAGGACGAACGAUAACUCGAAUCCACGCCUAGUCCGAUCACCCAUCUAAGCACAUAAAUAGAUAUAUAUUCGCCAGAGGCUCCAAAAGUGUUCUCUUACCUCGUAACAGUCGUCAAAUCAACACCUCUCGACCAUGGCACCAUCCAGGACCGAUGAGCCCCUCCCCAGCUUUACUCAAGCAAACAACGAACCAUAUCACGGUCCACCCCGAAACAUCAAAAACAUCGACGCCAUCGAAUUCUCCGCAUCUCUCCAACCCAAGAACUACAACAUCCUAGGCACUCAUCCUGAUUCCCGGAUCCUCUUCCUAGACGUCAACAUCCUCGACUCGAGCGGCCGUGAUCCGUAUCGAGGCGAUGUACUCAUCGAAAGAGAGCGGAUCACCAGAGUUGGUACGGUGCUGAAUGUUGAAGAACUGAAACGUGAUCCGAAGGUCAGAGUCUUUCAUGGGAGAGGGAGGACGUUGAUGAGUGGGUUGGGAGAUGCGCAUACGCAUUUUACGUGGAAUGGUGGGGAUUUGAAUCGGCUUGGGGAGUUGGGGGUUGAGGAGCAUACUUUGCUUACAGCACGAAGCGCUCAGUGUUAUCUCGACUCGGGGUAUACUAUGUGUUUUGGAGCAGCAUCAGCGAAGGAUAGAUUGGAUAUUGUGAUUCGAGAUGCUAUUAACGCGGGAGAUAUCCCAGGUCCGAGGUAUCUUGCUAAUGGGAAGGAGAUUGCACGACGGGAUGGUGAUCUUGUUCCGGGAAUCACCGCUUAUGCUGAUGGACCAGAUGAGAUGAGAGAAGUGAUCCGACAUCAUGUUGAUAUUGGCGUUGAUCAGAUCAAGCUGAGUAUGAGCGGCGAAGAAAUCACAGAAAUUCGCUCGGCACAAGAUUGCUAUUUCUCUGAUGAGGAGACGGCAGCCUGUGUAGACGAAGCCCAUGGACUUGGCAAAAGACUUUGUGCUCACGCCCGAGCUCGCGACUCUGUAAAGAUGUGCGUCCGACACGGUGUAGAUGUGAUCUACCAUGCAUCAUACAUCGAUGAAGAAGGAAUGGACAUGCUAGAGAAGCAAAAAGACAAACACGUUGUAGCACCAGGGAUUAAUUGGCUCAUUGCUACUCUCCACGACGCAGCAGCGUUCGGUUACCCAAACGAGAAAGCUCAACAAGUAGGUUACCAAAAAGAAUACGAUGCCUCCAUCCGUGGUCUCCGUGAGAUGCACCGCCGCGGAAUCACGGUUCUUCCCGGAGGUGACUAUGGCUUCGCAUGGACACCUCACGGAACAUAUGCUCGUGAUCUCUCCCAUUUCGUCAAUCUGCUAGGCUUCACGCCCAUGGAAGCCAUCAUUGCAGCAACAGCGGGUGUAGCAAAACUCUUUAUGCGAGAAAAUGAGUUGGGAAAAAUCAAAGAGGGAUUUUUUGCAGAUUCUAUAUUGGUGGAUGGUGACCCGUUGGAGGAUAUUGGGUGUUUGCAGGAUCAUGAUAGGUUGAACGUUAUUGUGAUUAAUGGACGAGUUCAUAAGGCGGGUAGGGAAGAGUACGUUGCCCCACCGAUUGCAGGACAGGAUGGAGGUGUGCACCCGAUUGUGCCGAACUUUCCGGAGGUGAAGAGGGAGAUGCAGAAGAACUAUUGAGGAGACGAAGAAAGGAGUAAGACAGUCUGUGUGUUUAUGGGAUUCCGGGGAGAUUGAAGAUUGAUGAACUUCUCUGUCUAAUAAUGUAUGCCUGUUCUAUUAUCGAAUUUCGACUAGGCACACUGCAGCCAUUUCUGGAUGUUCAAGCUGAGUGAGGACAUUUAGCACAGCUCAUUGUUCCAAUUCCAGAUUCAACUUCAAGGUAGCUAGAAUGUCGAUCCUUCUUGGAC